AUGCAAAUGAUGAGAACAAUAGGGCCUCUGUCCCCAGGCCAUUUGUGGCAGAACCUCUGCUCAAGGGAGGCAUUGCUGCUUCUGCUGGGCCAUGGACAAGCUCAGGGGGAGCAAGCCCCGCCCUUCCAGAAAGCCCAGGAGGAGGAGGAAGAGGAGGAAGAUAAAUAUGAGCUGCCCCCCUGUGAGGCUCUACCCCUCAGUCUUGUCCCUGCCCACCUUCCUGGCACCGAGGAGGACUCUUUGUACUUGGGUAGGGGUUGGGAAGGUGAGGAAGGGAGUUGGGUGGUCAGGCAGGACAGAGGGUCCCCACAAGAAAAGAGGGUACAGACCUUGCCUCUUCUCCCUUUGUAUGUGCUGGGCCAUGGAAGGGGAGGGUUGGGGGUGAGGCCUCAGCUGGCAGUUGCUGAAGCCUCUGGGCUAGGCAGACUGAAGGCAAUACUGAGCCUGCAGGAGGCUAGGAAGCAGGGACAGCCCUUUGGGAAGCAAGAGUUGGCUACACCGGCCAGAAUGGUGCCAAGCCCUCCAAAGAAAUCUGAUGAGAACCUCUACCUGGAAUGUGAGCCCAGUCCAGUCCUGGCUUUGACUCGAACUCUGAGCUCUCAAGUCCUGAUGCCCCCAGACCCUCUUCCAAGGACAUCAGUGGUGCCCAGGUCCACCGUAGCCCCCCAGGAAGCUUGGAAUGGAGCCGCGAACGACACUUCUAAAGCAGGAAGGAGAUCCUCUCUUUCCUGCAUAGCACCCACCCGGAGCACCUCAGCUGCCGAGGACAGCAGCCUUCUGGGUCAGCCUUGGUACUCAGGGAACUGUGACCGCCAUGCUGUUGAGAGUGCCCUGCUCCAAUUCCGAAAGGAUGGGGCCUACACUGUGCGCCCCAGCUCAGAGCCUCAUGGCUCACAGCCCCUUACCCUGGCAGUGCUUCUCCAUGGCCGGGUCUUCAACAUUCCCAUCCGGCGGCUGGAUGGUGGGAGCCACUAUGCCCUGGGCCGGGAGGGCAGGAACCACGAGGAGCUGUUCUCCUCCGUGGCUGCCAUGGUCCGGCACUACACACAGCACCCGCUGCCCCUUGUGGACAGACACAGCGGUAGCCAUCAGCUCACCUGCCUGCUCUUCCCCACCAAGCCCUGACGCCAUGGCGGACUGUACACAGCCACCUCUGGCCCCCCAUAGUUUGCUCCUUGCCGGGGCCAUCCUGGGCUGUCUCGCUCUAGCCUCUCCCAAGUCUCCACCCUUCCAGACCCUCCCCAUCCCCUUGCCCCAGUACCUGCAGGCCUAGAUGAGAGGCUUUGGGAAAGGUUGCCCAGAGGCAGCAAGAGCCCCUGAGACCCCACCCCAUGUUCACCUGGAGCCUAGCACUGCCCUGCCCUGCUGCAUCUCCAAGGAUUGGAAGCAGGCAUCACGCAGUGUCCCCAUUCCCAGGCCCCAGGCAUGGCUGUGUCUGCACUGCACUAGAGCCUCCCAAACUGCUUUGAAUGAAAGCCUUCCUGGGGAAGCUGAGCCUCAGGGAAACAGCCCGGGGUACUGCUUGGACACAAAGAGAAUCCUUUCACAUUCUUUCGGGGACUUAACACAGGGCUGGCAUCUUUGCUUACACUGUACAUGGUCCGCUUUCAAUAAAUAUUUGUUGAAUGAAUUCUUGAAUCUGCUGAGUGAAGCAGAGGCAGCCUCUGUGAAGCCUCCAUGAGGUUUCAAGGUUCUUAAGUGUCCCAGGGCACAGACUGGGCCCGAGAGUGAUGGAGCCGUGGUGGCCAGGCCAGGGCAAGAAGGGCCAGCCCCGUUUCUGCCCCUGA